AUGUCUCAAUUCAAAGUUGCUCUAUGCAGAAACUAUGUUUCCGGCGAACAAUGGGUCCAAUCCAUUAUUGACGGAUGGUAUACCACCAUCAAGACCAUGUUCCCGGGUGCAGUAAUCGAUCUCUUCUAUCCUAUCGACGGAAGUCCAUUCCCGAAUGCCCCGGACUAUAACUUGGUCAUUCUGACAGGAGGGACUUUCAAUCUCACCAAUGAGAAAGUGGAUCAGUGGGUUGAAGACACGUUUAAUUUCAUCCAAGCCACCACCAGGGAUUACCCCAAAACAAAGAUUUUGGGAAUUUGCUGGGGCCAUCAGGCAGUCGCACGUGCACUAGGUGGAACGAUCGGAACCCUUGAGAUAGGGCAAUUGAUUGGCGUUCAAGACAUUGCCAUGACGGAGGAAGGGAAAUCAUUCUUUGGGAUUGACAGAGAAACCCUCGCAAUCCACAAAUUCCAUAAGAGACUAGUGACUCUUCCACCCCCUGGAUUCUCUUCACUGGCAACGGACAACGAGAUUCUUUUGUCUGACGCCCGUAACGUCCUUGGCUUCCAAGGACAUCCCGAGAUGGCUGGCUCUGUAGCCAGAGAAAUUAUAGACGCAGACACCGCACGUGCUUUCACCUCAGAUAACAAGGAUGAGCUUGCUAAAAUCCAUCAAAGUGUCGCAAAAUCCCACGAUGGAGAUGCCAUUCUUGAGCGGGUUGCCCUCUGGGCUAAGGAUGAGCUGUAA